GGCGGAGGAAGAAUCAGUGGCAGCGGUGCCGCUUCACCUCCGGCUACAAACAGGAAGCUAGUCCGCCUUGCUGAGCGCCCACCUGAGCCAGGAGCCAAGCGAUGUGACGGUCGUUUCUCAGUCAGACCUUAUGUGCCUGACACUACUCCUGUCGUCUCAUUUCCGAAAGUUUGUUCAACCAGAAAACCGUUAACCCUCCCGAGAUGCAGCAUCACGGCCACUCUCUGGACACCUUCAACGAUCCACCGAGGCACAAGAAAUAAGGAACUCUGGGUCAUAGCAGGUCCUUAUGGUUGAGGUGGUGUGUGGUGCCCUUUGCCAUGCCUCCAGCCAUGACAGACCUCCUGGACAUAUGGGCAGACCACUCGCCCUUGGCUGGCCAGGCUCCGGCCCAGGUUACGGUGGACUUUCUGCUUCCCACCGGUAUCUACAUUCAAAUGGACGUCCCUCGCGAAGCCACCAUUCAGCACAUAAAAUUGCUCUUAUGGAAGCAGGCUCAGAUGUUCCCAUUGUUUCCUGCCUUGGGCGAAAUGGAGAGUCAUAUGUUCGAAUGUGUCAACCAGACAGCCGUGCACGAAGAAUUAGAAGAUGAAACACGACGACUCUGUGACGUUCGCCCUUUCUUACCGGUUCUGAAGUUGGUCACACGUAACUGCGGCCGAGCGGAACGCCUGCUGGAUUCAAAAAUCGGAGUGCUUAUUGGCAAGGGUCUCCAUGAACUUGAUGCCAUAAAUGACCAGGAAGUAAAGGACUUUCGCUGUAAAAUGUCUCGCAUCAGUGAAGAGAGGUUGCAUCGGCACCAGAUGAUGACGUGGACCGAGUGGUUGCACGUAUGUUUCUCCCCUCAGCUUGAGCCAAGGGCCAUCAACGAUGGGCUCAGUGACCGGUCAAACGACUUGAAAGUCAUCAUCCACUUUGACCAAUCUCAGGAUUCUGCCAGUCUGAAGGUGCCUGCAUCCUGCACCCCUGCAGAGCUGAUGGAGUUGGCCGUGAGGAAGUGGCUGACCACCCACGGGCCUGAGGAGGAGGCAUGGAAAGGACAGUAUGUACUGAGAGUCAGCCAUUGCAUGGAGUUCCUCUGUGGAGACCAUGCUCUUUGGCAAUAUAAGUACAUACGCACGUGCAUGCAGUCAAAGGAGUCUCCACAUCUCACCCUGGUCCACUCCAGCACAGUCAAAGCCAUGUUUGAAAAGGAAAUUUCCACCAUUGGAGCUGUGGUCAGCCGCAAGUCCUCCAACCCACCUUUACCACUACCUCCCAAAAGGCGGGUUCCUACACAAGCACAGACUUGUGUGUGGAACGUAUCAAGCCCAUUUAAGAUAGUUCUACUGAAAGGCAGCAAGGUGAAUGCAGAGGAGACUGCUAAGGUGCAGGUCAGGGCCGGGCUUUUUCACGGAACGGAGCUGCUGUGCAAACCAGCCGUGAGCAGUGAGAGCAGCGGCCGCUCAGAGCACACCUGGAAAGACAACAUGUUAGAAUUUGACAUCUCCGUCUGUGAUCUGCCACGGAUGACACGCCUCUGUUUCGCCAUCUAUGCUGUCAUGGAUAAAGUUAAGAAGCAGAAGUCCACCAAAAACGCUCAUCCAAACAAGUACCAGACCAUUCGCAAAGCUGGGAAAGUGCACUACCCAAUUGCCUGGGUAAACACCAUGGUGUUUGAUUACAAAGGACAACUCAAGACCGGGGACAUCAUCCUUGACUGCUGGUCCUCAUUUCCUGAUGAACUUGAAGAGAUGCUGAACCCCAUCGGAACUAUUCAAACCAACCCGUACACUGAGAACGCCACAGCUCUGCACAUCAAUUUCCUAGAGUACUCAUCACAACCCAUCGUUUUCCCUCCUUUUGACAAGAUCCUGGAAAAAGCUGCAGAGAUUGCCCGAGCAAGUGACUGUGCACCUAUGGGUCGUGGAGGUAAGAAGUUCUAUAUUGAACUGAAAGAGAUCAUGGAGCGGGAUCCUCUCUCCCAGCUGUGUGAGAAUGAGAAGGACUUGAUCUGGACACUACGCUACGACUGUCGGGAAAAUUUCCCUCAGUCGCUGCCUAAGCUGCUACUCUCCGUCAAGUGGAGCAAACACGAAGACAUGGCCCAGCUGCAGGCACUGCUUCAAAUUUGGCCCAAACUGAGUCCGAGAGAUGCACUGGAGCUUCUGGAUUUUAACUAUCCUGACCAAUAUGUCAGAGAGUAUGCUGUGCGCUGCCUGUACGAUAUGAGCAAUGAGGAGCUGUCGCAGUACUUGCUACAGUUGGUGCAGGUGUUGCGUUAUGAGCCCUACUACGACUGCGCCCUUACCCACUUCCUGCUGGAGCGAGCCCAAGGGAACCGCAAGAUAGGGCACUUCCUCUUCUGGCACUUACGGUCAGAAAUCCACAUGCCGGCUGUUUCAGUUCAGUUUUCCCUCAUCCUAGAAGCCUACUGUCGAGGCAGCAUCCCUCAUAUUGAGGUUCUCAAGAAACAGGUGGAAGCCCUAAGCAAGCUAAAGUCAGUCAAUGAGCUCAUAAAGCUUGGAACAAUGAAGAACGCUCGGGGUAAGACCAAAGAGGCCAUGUUGACCAAGGAGGCCAUGAUGACUUGCCUGAGGCAGAGCGGCUACUCUGAGACUCUCUCUGACCUGCACUCGCCUCUAAACCCCAGCAUCCUGCUGUCUGGCAUGAAUGUGGAGAAGUGUCGCUACAUGGACUCAAAGAUGAAGCCACUCUGGAUUGUUUACAACAACAAACUGCUGACUGGAGACACCCUGGGAAUCAUCUUCAAGAACGGGGACGACUUAAGGCAAGACAUGUUAACCCUGCAGAUUUUGAGGUUAAUGGAUCUGCUGUGGAAGGAGGCUAAUCUCGAUCUCCGGGUUGUACCAUAUGGCUGCUUAGCGACGGGGGAUCGAGCAGGGUUGAUCGAGGUCGUGUCAUCAUCUGAUACAAUUGCAAACAUCCAGCUGACCAGCAGCAACGUGGCGGCCACUGCCGCUUUCAAUAAAGACGCUUUGCUCAACUGGCUCAAGGAACGCAACUCUGGUGACGCUCUUGAUCGGGCCAUCGAGGAAUUCACUUUGUCGUGUGCAGGCUACUGUGUAGCCACGUACGUCCUGGGCAUUGGGGACCGCCACAGUGACAACAUCAUGGUCCGCAGCACUGGACAGCUGUUCCACAUAGACUUUGGCCACAUACUGGGAAACUUCAAGUCAAAGUUUGGCAUCAAGAGGGAGCGUGUUCCGUUUAUCCUCACGCACGACUUCAUCCACGUCAUCCAACAGGGCAAGACUGGUUACACUGAAAAAUUUGGCAGUUUCCGCCAGUACUGUGAGGAGGCCUAUCUCAUCUUGAGGAAGAACGGGAACCUCUUCAUCACACUGUUUGCCCUCAUGCUAACCGCCGGCCUGCCUGAGCUCACCUCAGUCAAAGAUAUUCAGUACCUGAAGGAUUCCCUGGCCCUGGGUAAAACGGAGGACGAGGCACUCAAGCAAUUCCGCCAGAAAUUUGAUGAAGCUCUAAGAGAGAGCUGGACAACCAAAGUCAACUGGAUGGCCCACAAUGUGGCAAAAGACAACCGCUCCUAGAGCAUCACAAUGAAAGGGGCGUGUGCCGAGGCAAAGGAAGGGCCUCCCACUUCCACAGAAGUCACUGUGGCAUGAUCUUCCCCUCGUGCCCACGAGACUAAACCCGACCUGCUCCUAGACUCCUUCGCUGUCGGGUGCUUCCUGCGCAGUCGCUCAUGACAUGACGUUCAAAGCUGCUGCACCUUUUUCUGCAGUCGCUGUCGCACCUGCGGACUAGAAACUUGAGCAGAACCGAAUGGGAACACGCAUCACCAGAUUUUGAAGAACUGCAGAGAGAACGUACCGUUGUACCCACAGCAAGUGCGGCUUGGCAGUGGGGCUCCAAAGUGUGCCUGGGGCCUGUGCGGCAUGUAUGUGGUAUCAUGAUGUCUUUGUUCCAGAAUCAUCAGACGUGCCAGACUACUUAAAAUGCGUGUGAGUGAACAAUAAUGGAAGGGAAGGACUGAGAUGACAAAAGCCGGAGCCUUUUGUUCUUAUUUUUGAAUGCUUGACUUGAAUCAGCUUGGUCCAUUUCAAAACUAGGGGACUUUACAAAGAAGUGAGAAUGAAACAAGGGUCAAGAAAUCUACCGCCAUCUCAGAACUUUUGCCUGUUUAGUCUUCAAAGGCACGAUGGCCAGUCGGGUCAAACGUGCAGCAACGUCCAAACACAGAAACCAUCCAAAGCCAAAAACCACGCAAAACACCAGAAAACAAAUGCAACGGCAAAACGCCACAGGAUCAAAAAGAGAUGCGGUAAAUGCAAAAAACACACACGAGCCCGAAAGCAAAUGUUUUGUUCCAUGAACUUGCCGCAUUUCUCUCAUGCAAUUGUUUUUAGCGUUUUGUGUGUGUUGGCGUUUGCAGCCUUUUCCCGUUGCAUUUGUUUGAUGGUGUGUGUUUUUGGUUUUGGGUCAUUUGUGGUGUUCGGAGUGUUGCUGCGCCCUGUCGGCCACCGUAAAAAAAGGAACUGAACGCGCCAGCCGCCGGUGGAAUGUCUUAAUAUGUCAGGACCAAAACAAGGAGCAAACAUUAUUGUUAGUCCAUGAAUGUGCAAAUGUUUUGGGUUGUUUUAUAUAUGAGCAGUUGUGGGGGGAGUUUGUGUGGGCAGGAUUUAUCAGGAUGGAUGUUUCACUGCAAAGCCAAGCCAAUUCUUAUUUUUUGACAUACGGUGCCUCCGUGCUUGUAUUUUGUGCAAUAUCCAUCAGUGAGUAUACUGUAUGAACUACCUGUAUAUGGAAACGUAUCAAGUUCCAGACUCAGGCCUUAGCUCAAAGUGGUGGUUGUACAGCGUUGCACCACUAGCCAGCUGAAGUCUUACACACUGGAAAUGAUCAAAUGUACAAGCUUUUAUUCUGUUCUUUCUUUGUUUCAUAGAAGUUUUAUUAAAGUUAUUUUCCACUUCGCUGCAUUUGCCCCCGCGCUCUGUGAUUUUUGUAGAUCCUAUUAUUCCAUCACAUUCAUCGUAGUGCAUAAUUCCAACUGUACACAUUACACACGGUAAAGUUGGAUGCCAAAGCAAUGCAAUUAGUCGCAUUUAGGAGAAAAAAAAUCACAUAUGCUCUAAGAGCCGUAUUUAUUUAGGAUGCCAACGCCCUUAUUUUAGUCCCUAACACCUUCUGUACACAUGAUCAAAGUGAACUCUUGAGUGUCCCUUCUGUUUGUUGCAUCACUGAUUGUUCAUCUCAGCCUUUCUCGCAGCGUGUUUGCAGUUCCGAGAUUGUUUACUAAAUGUCACCUUUCAGUGGUCGUCAUUUAUUGACUCGCUAGUAUUCCAGGCCACAGUCUUGACUCUGGGGGAAUCGCCUGCUUGUGCAGUUAUGUAAUUCAGUGUUCCCUUGUUUAUCGCAGGGGAUAGGUUCCCAAAAUAACCCACAAUAAGUGAAAUCCGCAAAGUAGUAUUUUUUUUUUAGCCUGUAAAAGCACCUCACCACACUUUUCUAGAGAGAAUAGAGAGACACCUCUGCCAACUAGUUAUUCUCAGCCUGUAACAGCGUUCAGAUGCUGUAAAAAAAAAAAAAAAAAAAAAAAAAAAAGAAAGAAAUAAAAACACUAAAAUUGCACAAAAAAUAGCGAUUCCGUGAAAGGUGAACGGCCGUGUAGCAAGGGAACGCUGUACGAUGCCUGGCAGAAGUGAGAAAAGCAGAAGGAAUCUCAUGAAGACAACUGGAGACAACAGUGAUUUGUUUUUUCUUAACAGUGUAGCGGAGUUUUUUUGUUCAAACCAAGACAUAAAAAUGAUCAUUUCUUAUCUUAAAGUCCAGAAAAAGCAUGAAAUAAAAGUUGUAAUUUGUAUUUUUUGUGAAAUGAGUAUUUACUGUACACCCCAAGCAAAAUGUGACAGAAAAUGUUGCUCACCAGCGUUGCACACGUCAGGAGAAAUUUUGGUCCACUUCUCUUCACAGAUACUUGCCAAAGCCUGAUGGCAGGAUUGGCAACUUGACGUUUCGGCUCCCUCCACAGAUUUUUGAUUUCAUGACCCAUCUUCAGAAGGUUGUCAUCCAAUAUUUUACGGUUCCUCAGCCCCUCAAUGCGGUGAAGUCUUCCUGUCCCCUUAGCAGGGAAACGACCCCAAAGCAGAAUGUUUUCGGGCGUUCUUGGGAGUCCUGUUCCGUAUUUCUCUGCCUCUAAACACAGCGAGUCGAGCUGAUGCCUAAGAGAUCCAUCAGAUGUCAUCCGACGACAUUGCAUUCUCCCGAGCCGUGUCUGACUCGUUCAGGUGUUCAUUGUCAAACUUCAGAUGGACCUGUGCAUGUGCCUUUGCGGGCAUUGCAGGAUCGCCUUCCGUUACAGCGAGGUGCAUUACUUUUGGUUUUCUUGGUGUGCUCUCAGCGCCCUUGAGAGCAUUACCAAAGUCCUGUGCAAUUCUGGGCGGAUGCCUCACAAGGUGAGAUCUUGCAUGGAGCUCCUCUUUCUGCCAGUUCCAAAUGACUGGAUCGUGCCAAGAACCAAGCUUCUUGGUGAUGGUCUAUGGACCGUUCCAGUCUUGUCCCUGAGCUCUUUGGUCUUGGUCUUGUAAAUGGAAAAGCCUGAUUGAGCGGCAGGUGGUAAACGUUGUCCACAUAAACUGACAUUAGAACUUUCCUUCAGGGACAGGACUCAUUUGUGUGCUUCAUAGGAGCACAAGUGUGGCGGUCGUAAUGUUUCCUGGUUGAUAGCAGGUCAAGUACUUAUUUAUUUCAUGUUUAUGUCUGCGUGUUUAAAAUUCUGUCUGUUAAAAUAAACCUGCUAUAAAAAUGAUUGACUUUUCAUAUCCGGCAGGGAUCAAUGAAAUAUUUCCCCCACUGUACAAAAGUCUUAGGCCACAACCAGGUCUGUUCCAUUGUCGUUUCGACACAGUUAGCAGAAUUACACAAAAAAUACAAAACCAGAUUCAGUCCUUGGGACUGGCUGAAGUCCACUCCCCAGACUCAUAAUGCCACUCCUAUCCGUUUGUCAUCUUCCACAAACUAGUUUAGCAAAUUCUACGUUGGACUGAGUGACGUUCUCGUUCUGUACGGGACUGUUAGAACAACAAAUGUUGACUUGUGCACAGUACUAUCCAUGAAUGCACGCACAUGUCACACAGCAAUAACAACAAGGUGCCAUAAUAAAUAAAACAGUACCCAGAGGAUUUCUGGUUAGAUAAUCUUGACUGCCUUUUAAAGCUCCUAAGCUGCCCCCACGGUGACUCACUUGUUCAUAGACUUCCACCCACCUGUGGAUCGGAUGUACAAUUUCCAAGUUUAAUGAUGCAGUAGAUGUUAUUAAAAGGAGACAGAGGCAAUGAAUGGAGCUUUUUUCAAAGGAAGAUUCAAACACACACAGGACACCGUAUGCAUGUAUGUACAUACGGUGUACUGGAUGUAUAUACAGUACAUAUGGUGUACUGUGUACUGUAUAUACAUACAGCGUACUGUAUAUACAUACGGUGGUGUGAAAGUGUUUUCCCCCUUCCAGAUUUUUUUUUCAUGUUUGUCACCAGAUCAUCAAACAAAUGUAAAUAUUAGUCAGUGACAACAAAACUGAACACAAAAUGCAGAUUUUAAAUUAAACGUUUUGUUAAGGGAGAAAAAAAUCCAAACCUACAUGGCUCUAUGUGAAAAAGUGAUGUCUGGAAGAUGUUAUAAAGCCAUUUCUAAAGCUUUAGGACUCCAGCAAACCACAGUGAGAGCCAUUAUCCACAAAUGUUGAAAACAUGGAACAGGGGUGAACCUUCCCAGGAGUGGCCGGCCAACCAAAACGACCCCCAAGAACGCAGCAACGACUCAUCCAAGAAGUCACAGAAGACCCCACAACAACAUCCAAAGAACUGCAGGCCUCAAGGCCUGAAGGCUUGAUAUUCCGCAAUUUGAGGUCAUGUGAUAUUACCUAAUCAAGGUGUGUCACACUGAUAGACUCCUCCUACACCAAAGACUGAAUAAAGCAAAAUGUGCUUCACCAAGGUUUUAUGACAACUGCCCAUGUGUGUUCGUACAUCUCGCUCGCGUCCUUAUUCUUUGUUGCCAUUGACUAGAACGAGGCCUCACAUGUCAUCACAGUGUCGUGCUGUCUGGGCUUUUGGCAGCAAGCAAAUUGUGGAGAAGAUGGGAGUGGGAAAUGUUUCCUCGGAAGCUUCCCUCACGCUUCCAGAACAUUGAAUUGAAAGAAAAUCGGGACUGCUGGAAAGAAUCCAUUCAUGGGGUGAACUGUCCCGGUUGACUUUGGGACAAAAUGUGGACAAUUUUCAGUCUCCACUUAACCAAACAUGAAGUGGAGACCACAUGCAGGCAGAGGGAGAAGGUGCGUAUGAGAGGCUACUAGUGCAGAGUGUGAAAACAGCAGGGUGGAUGGUUGACUGGAGUACUACCUCAGUAAUGGUAGCUGCCAGUCGGUCCACACUUACUCAGCAAGUGUGAGUCUUUAUUCAUGCAAUACGCCUUCUUGGCUUUCCUGAACGGUACAAUAUGGUGUGGUGGCUACCAUGAAAACAACACAUGCUCUUUCUGGUCAGAGGCACUCAUGAUGGACUCGUAUCAUCUGUGUCUCAUUCAUAACAGCCUGGUAAACACAAUAUGGACUCUAACAGGAUGCAUUAUCAUAUACCAAGUAUCCAAAUGACACUUCUUAGGUACACCAG